AUGGCUGACUUCAGACACCACUACAAGAAGAGACACUUUAAGGACAACAAGCCGUGCGCUGGAGUCAAGCUGAAGCUGAUCCCCAAAUCGGUGGACAAAACAUCGACACAUAAACACAAACACAAAACCAAAUCGAAAACUACUUCCAGUCCUUCACCGCCAAAAGAGUCCCGAUCCAAAGAUAAAGACAAAGACUCGAAGAAGAAGUUGAAGACUAAAGUGAACCCAAACCCCAUUUCAUCGACGCCUGGACCAAGUGGUGUGAUUAAGGGUGAGGUGACAGUGACUAAGACACCGAUAUCGUCGACAUGUUCAUCGGCCACAAGUGCUGGUGUGAUGUCUUCCCCCUCUAAACCAAAAUUUCUGCCGCAAUGCAAGAUCUGUACGUUCAUGCCUUUGGUCGACCCCUACAAUGCCAUCGACUCUCACAUGAGACUCGAGCACAAGAUCACCGGCGAUACCACCAGUCAUGUGAAGGUUGUGUUCAACCCGAAGGCUACUUAAACACUACAAUCCAUUCAUAUGACGC